GGGUUCUUUUGCUUGGGGGCAUUCUACUCUGCAAAGUCAACAUUUUUCAUUUCUUUCCCCAAAAAUAUCCUAAGGAAAUGGAACCCCAGCAUGUUUCUUCGACGCGAUCUUUUCUGGAAGCCAUAGGAAUCACCAAGCCUGUUCCUGCAAAUUGCGGUUCCUACGACUUCUACUCCGACAUCCUUCGUUCUUGUCUCAAGGUCGAUAGUAUCCAAAGGGGCCGAAUCUCUUGCACCUUCAUCGUCAAACCCCCUCUCAGUAACUUUUUCAAAUCCCUGCAUGGAGGGGCUUUUGCAGCUGCAGUUGAAUUGGUGUCAAUUGCCUGCGCUAGAACUGUUAUGGCUGAGGAUAAGGAACUUUUCCUUGGGGAAAUUUCCAUGGCUUACCUAUCUGGCGCCAUGCUGAAUACCGAGCUGCAAGUCGAUGGCUCAUUGGUGAAAAGUGGGAGAAACGUGACUGUGGUUUUACUUGAGUUUAAACAAAAGAAAACAGGGAAGUUAAUCUACGCUGCUCGUGCUACCUUCUACAACCUGCCAGUUGCCAAGUUAUGAACAUUGAAGUUUCUGUUGAACAUACUAAGAGUUGAUUCUCAAUCUGCUCUUUGGCAUAAUGAUUAUUCACUGUCAAAUUCAGAGUUUUCGGUCUUGUUAUGCUACGUUUGUGUUAGAAGCCUUGACUUUAUCAAUUAGGAAUACUUAUCAUAGUUCUGUUCUCUCUUCCUCCUCCUUCAGCGUAUUUGGGGCUGUUGCUGAGUGGUU